UAUUGCCCGACGUGGGAUCGUUUCUUUUCUUCGACUGUCCGUGUUUCUUCCGUGCUAACGUGCCUAACUUACACUUCGCAUCACCACCAUGACCAUGGCGAGGCUGACCACCUAAGCAGUUCCUCUUUCUCGCACUUCUUUGUUAGUACAGUUCGUCCCUCUUCAGCGCUAACUUUUUAUUUUCGCCUCUUCACCGUCGCCCUGGAGUGCGGAAUCGAGGCAUACUUGUUUGAAGUCUUUUUUUCGUCUCUUAGCUGUAAUUCUGACGUUGCUUCACAUUUAUUUGCUGUGCUUCAUCGAAUAUAGCGUUCAGCAAUAACUCUGGAAUCAUGGGUAAAAAAACUUCAAAUCCAAGGGUUUUCUUCGAUGUUACCAUUGGUGGUAAUCCUGCUGGCAAAAUUGUUAUGGAGCUUUAUACAGAUGUGCCCAAAACUGCAGAAAAUUUUCGAGCGCUCUGCACAGGAGAGAAGGGUUUAGGCCGCAUUACAAAGAAACCCCUACACUUCAAAGACACUAUAUUUCACCGAAUCAUUCCAGGAUUUAUGGCACAAGGGGGAGACUUCUCCAAGAGAGAUGGCACAGGUGGUGAGAGCAUUUACGGUGGCAAGUUUGCCGAUGAAAAUUUCAAGUAUGGGCACGAUGGAGCGGGGAUACUAUCGAUGGCAAAUGCUGGUCCAAACACAAACGGUUCACAGUUCUUUCUUACUUUUAAAUCGCAACCACAUUUGAAUGGGAAGCAUGUGGUGUUUGGCAAGGUAGUCGAAGGCAUGGAUAUCUUGAAGACGAUAGAGAAUGUACCUACAUCUGGUCAGAGAAACAAGCCAGACGUGCCAAUAAAGAUAGUGGAUUGUGGAGAGGCACUCCAGGGCAAAGACAAUAGUGUCGUUCCCCACAAAGACGACAAGAAGAAGGCUAAAAAACUCAAAGAUAGUAGAGAUGAUUACUCAAGUGAUGACGAUAAAGAACAUUAUCGUUCUAAGAGGAAGCAUAGGAAGGUUGUAAAAGACCGAAGGAGGAAGAAAAGGAGGCGUUACUCAUCAGAUUCUUCUGAGAGUUCAUCAGAUUCAGAAUACUAUUCAGAUUCUUCGUCUGAUACUGAAUCUGACUCUGAAUCAUACUCGUCCUCUGAAUUAAGCUCGUCCAGCGAGGACGAUAGACGGAAACGAAAGAGGAAACCAGUAAGGAAGGAGAAGAAGAGAACUCACAGGCGAAAAAGAGACAAACGCAAAGAUAGGAGACGAAAGAGGAGGACCAGAUCAAGAAGGAGAUCUAAGUGGAGUUCUGAAAGUGAUAGCAGUGAUUCUGACAGUGAAACUUCGAGCUCAGAUCUUGAAAGUGACACUGAUAGUGACGUGAGUGCACGUGCGGCGAAGAGAACCCAGAAGACACAAAUUCGAGAUAAAGUUGGAACGAAACAAUCAACCACAACAGCUGAAAAAUCUGGCCAGAGAGCAGGUGCCAAACUUGUUGGAAAACAAAUAGAAAUCGAUAUGAAGGUAUCUAAGGACGAUCUAAAAGAGGGACCUGUGGAAUUUCGGGAAGACUCGAAACCUCAGGCGGUGGCUUCAGAUUUGAGUUUGUCGCCUCCACCCAGUCCUCGUCAAAGCCGAUCAAGGAGUCGUAGCAGAAGCUUUGAGAAGAGGAGAAGCUCGACCCAUAGUCCGAGUCCAAGCAGGAGCCCCGUGGAGAGGAAAAGAAGUCCGAGCAGAAGCCCUGUAGUGCGGAAAAAAAGUCUGAGCAGGAGUCCGACCCCUCGUAGUCCUACAUCUGAUGAUAGGAAAAGUCUGAGCAGAAGUCCGGUCUCCCGCAGUCCUAUAUUCGUCACUAGGAAAAAAUCGAGUAGCAUCCGUAGCCCAAGUCCUGUUCCUCCAAGCCCCAAUGUCCAGGGCCUACCUCAAUCAGAUCAAGCAGAGCGGCAGAGUUUGAGCCGCAGCAAGAGUCGGACUCCCAGCACAAGGUCUAUGAAGAGUAGAAGCCCUGCUCGUCCUACUAGCGCGAAAGCCCGGAGCCUCACCCUUGCUGAUCCUCUCAACAGAUCUCGUAGUCGGAGUUUGGUGCGUAGUCCCAGUCGAGAAGGCACUCCAAAGAGGAUUAGGAGAGGUCGUGGGUUUAGCCAGCAGUAUUCAUAUGCCCGUCGAUACCGAACCCCUGACCGGUCUCCACCGCGGACUUACGGCUAUGGUGGGCGUGGCGAUCGAGAUAGACACGAUCGGGGUGGAAAUGACAGGUAUGGAAGGGGGUACAGGGGCAAUCGAGAUUGGAGCCCAAGACGAUACAGAAGUCCUCCAAGAGCCCGAUCACCACCCAGACACAGGAGGACUGCCAGCAGAAGCUUAAGUCGAAGUCGUAGUCCUCGUGUUCACCGUGACCGUAGUCGAAGAGGUAUUCAUCGGAGCGUCAGUCGUAGCGUUUCUCCGUCUGGAGGUCGUGCCCCCAUCAGCAGUGACCUCCGCAAUCGUCUUGGACCCCGAAUUGCAAUCCAAUCUAAAGAUGGACAUAAUAACGGAGGUUCCAGAGGAGCUAGGCGUCGUUCUCGAAGUGCCAGUUCUUCUGUAUCUCACUCUCCAAGUCGUUCGUUGUCCAAGAGUCUAUCACCUGAAAAGAGGAAACUUGUCUCUUACGCCAGGGAUGAAACUGAUCGUCGACGACGCAGGUCACCGACACUUUCGGUGAGUGUUUCUCCAUCACGAAGCAGAUCCUCAGGUGAGAAUGCAGGCUUGGUGUCGUAUGGGAGGGAUUUAAGCCCUGGUUCACGAUCACCUUCGAAAUAGAUUUUAGAAGUUCUAUUACUGUGUCUUGGAGGUUCUAGAGCAUAGAUGUUGGUCUUUAGCCGUUCAUUUGUCAUCAGGUUUUUUGUUCAGCCUGCCUCUGGCAGCUGUGGUAUUUCCUUACUCUUUUCUUAGUUAAUACCUCAGCGUGCACGAGGUUGUGCAUGUGUUAAGAAACCGAAGCUCAUUAGAAUAGCAUACCUGAUCGACAUUUAGCGUGAUAUUUUGAAGUAGUCCGUGUUUUCAUCAUUUUGACAUCAAAUGUGUUCUUCAUAUAUAAAUACCAGUGUUGAUUGUGUUAAAAUUUCCUUA